UGAAAGUAAAUGAAAAAAAAUGAUUUUUUUCUUUCCUCCUUCGUUUUUACGCGCACUCCCGAGCCGUCGUCGGCUGUUCCCCGCCCAGCACUAGUCGUGCGGGUUCUUCAAGCCGCGCAGAUCCUGCCCCACCGCCCACCGCCGGCCGUUCGUCACGCCCUGCCGCCCUCUGCCGCCACAAGCCUCGCCGGUCUGUAUGGGAGGUCAGUUUUGGGUACUCUCCGGUGAGUUUCUUAGCCUUUUCUUGAAAAUUUGUUUUCUACCCAUUAGCUUUGGCUUCAAACCAUAAUCACGUUGUGUUUGAUUGAAGGGAAGAAGUGUUUGUGUGAACUGCUAAUUGGUCUUUGAAAUUUUGGUUUAAGGAUUUAAUACCCAUAAAGUUGUGAAAUUAUAAAAUGUGAAUUGAAGUGGAGAUACGUGGUCUUCUUAGGUUAUUUUAGUGAUCCAUUAUUUAUGGUUUUGUGGAAACUUGUAGAUGUUGUUUGGGUUUAAAAUUGGGUUAAAUAGGAAAUGUGUUGGAACCAAUGUCUUGAAAUUAAACUUGGAAUCAUUUGGGUAGGUGUUAGUUCAGGAUUUUUAUUUGUUGAACCAUGCAGUUGCUUAGUUGGUUAAUUUGUUAAGUAACCCAUUAUCCAUUGGAAAGUCAUGGUUGCUUAAAUGGACACAAAUCUCCCUUUUAGAUUUGGGAAGAUAUAAAAAAUUGUUAUAAUCUCGACAGGAUAUUUCAAUGAAUUUUAAAAAAGAUGACAGAUCUUAUUAAACACCAAUUUUUCAAAGUAACGAGUAGAUUGACAAAGUAAAAGGUUAUACAUUUCUAUUAUCAAAGCUCCAUAAAAUUUAGGUCAUACAUGCAAAAAUCUUGUUUAAGAAAAACGAUAUUUCUAACUUUUUGAUAAACGAGAAUUGGCCGUUGAAAAAUAAUAAGAAAAAGGCUCCCACUGCAGAGCACUUUCCUAUCUUGUUGACAGCCAUAGCUCCCGCCAUUUCUGAAAGCUAUAAUGUUAUCUUCUUCAUCUUUGUACUCAAACCCAUAUCCCCAGUUCCCUCCUCUUCAUUUCUGCCUUCCAAAUCCUCUCUCCAAUGUCUUCCUCUUCACUUCCACCCGCAUACCCAUCCCCACUGUCGCCUUCGCCGAGCUCCGCCCCCACAAUCCGACAGAAAAACCAUCCACCGCCGUCUCCGACCACAUUCAUCCCGAAGCCCGCAAACACAACUCCAAAUCCGCCUCCCUUCUCAACCACUACCUAUCUUCCGGCGAAUCCCCUAAUCCACAAAACCCAGAACCCCCUUUGCCUGAAGACGAGCGAGUGAAGCUUCUUGAGCUCUCGCUUGUGAGAAAACGAGCGCCUCAAUUUCCUGGAUCCAUUUAUGUUCAAUCCCCAAGUGAUUUUGGUGUGGGUUCUUCUCUUCCUCCUCUGCAAUCCCUGUUUCGAAAUGGAGGGGAUGAGUUUUGUGCUGAAGAUGACCGGAAGAUGAUUAGAAGGGCUCUUGAGAUUCGCCGGAAGGUGACCUCUGAGAUCUUUAAAGAGGCGAUGCGGAAGGGGAAAUUUGGAAUCACUUAUACCAACAAUUUGCUUGGGUGGUUGUCUGAGUUCGUUGAUUUUGUGAUGAUUCAAGCUGCGUCCAUGAAACAGUCCCCUGAAUUUUCUCAUUUGUCGUUCAAUGUUCGUGCCAAGACCGUCAUUGAAGAUUCGAAUGUUGUGCCACUUAUCAGGUGGUUGAAGCAUAACUCAUUAUCAUAUCCACAGAUAGGGAAGCUCAUCUGCAUGUCAAAGGGAAAGCUUGAAUCUAUUAGACGCCUUGUGGAAUGGCUGAAAGGAAUUCAUGUGAAGGGGGGAUAUCUUGGACUUACACUCACGAAAGCUGGAGUGAAUAUAUUGGAACGAAGCAAUGAGGAAUUAGAUGAGAUUGUGGACUACUUGGAGAGUAAUGGAGUUAGAAUGGUUUGGAUGGGCUUUGUCAUGAGUCGAUGCCCUUACUUGUUGUCUUACAGCAUGGAAGAACUGAAAACUCGUGUGGAGUUCUUCUUGAAUAUGGGAAUGAAUGACAAAGACUUUGGCACAAUGGUCUUUGAUUUCCCCAAGGUUCUUGGUCAGUAUACUUUUGAAGAUAUGAACCAAAAGGUCAACUAUUUAAAGGAGUUUGGCCUUGACAAUGAGGAUGUAGGCAAACUACUAGCGUACAAACCACAAUUGAUGAAUUGUAGCAUUGAGGAUAAAUGGAAGCCUCUUGUUAAGUAUUUCUACUAUCUUGGAAUUUCCAAAGAUGGUUUGAAGAGGAUGCUUACAAUCAAGCCAGUAGUCUUCUGCCUUGAUCUGGAGACAAUCAUUGUGCCAAAGGUGAAAUUCUUCAAAGACGUAGGAGUUCGAGAUGACGGGAUUAGUAACAUGCUUGUGAAAUUUCCAUCAUUAUUGACAUUCAGCUUGUACAAGAAAAUUCGUCCUGUUGUCAUAUUCUUGAUGACCAAAGCAGGAGUUAGGGAGAAAGAUGUCGGGAAAGUCAUAGCUUUGGGGCCAGAGCUUUUUGGCUAUAGCAUAGUGCAUAAGCUUGAGGUCAAUCUAAAGUAUUUUCUGUCUCUCGGCAUAUAUACUCGGAAUCUAGGAGAAAUGAUUACUGAUUUUCCUAUGCUGCUCCGAUAUAAUAUUGACAUUCUUCGACCGAAGUAUCAAUAUUUGCGGAGAACCAUGGUUCGACCUUUGCAAGAUCUUAUAGACUUUCCAAGGUUUUUCAGCUAUUCUCUGGAGGGGCGCAUCAUCCCAAGGCAUCAAGUUCUAGUUGAGAAUCGUAUAAACAUCAAUUUACGUUCCAUGUUAGCUUGCACAGAUGAAGAGUUUAAGAACAAGGUUGCAGAUAUAGUGGAAAGACGCCAAAGAUUUGAAUCUGGUAACAUCGAUGGUUCUCUCUCCAUUCCCCAUACAACUAACUACUCUAUCAACUCGAGUGGACUUGAUGACUUUUCGAGUGAAAAUAAAGAAUGAUUUGAUGUUGUACUUUCAAAUUCCUUCCCUACUUAAAAGGAUAUGAACGAAGAAAAGCUCAAACUUUUUCUUAUGUCGUAACUAUCGGGAUGGAUCUAAGUCUUGUUUACAUGAGAAUUCAUGGCUACCCAAAGACAUUCGAGAUCCCAGCAGAGAGAAGGUAAGGAAUGCUUAUCAUUUUAUCAUACUACUUUUACCGAAGUCUCUACUUAUUGUAUCUAAUGAUUUUCUUUCCAUGUAAAGAGUUUAAAAGGUUAGAACAAGACAGUGACGAUUCACAAGUGCUCAUCAAUUCACAGCAGAGCGAUUCAUGACUAAAAAACGUUAUAUCUAUGCUGGCAAGUUAAAUCAAAAGUCUCGUCCCUUCGGGAACAUCAAUAAAAUUGGAACGAUACAGAGAAAAUUAGCAUGGCCAGGAAGGAUGACACACCCAAGUUGAAUCAAAAGUCUCAGCUUAAGACAAUGGGUCAAAGGUGUACACUAACGGUGGCUGUAAGGUAUAGGUGUACUACCCAUCUACUUGUCAUAUAGUUCUCUUUUUAAUAUAACAAGAAUUUGACACCAUCUGAAUUGUACAGAUGAGAAAGACAUAGUUUGGAUAAUGAUUAAUUUCUUGUCUACUAUUCACCUAGAUGAUUAGUAACAAAAUUUGGCUUUUCCAUGACGUUUCAUACACUCAAAAAAUAAGUUGAAGAGGUUCUUUUGCAAGGGGAUACUCCUUAAAAGUCAGCAAUUCGUGUCCAACUGUGGCGUCAAUCAUUGCAUUUAUGGGGUGGGGAAGGAGAAAGAUGUUCAUUGUGAAGCUUUUGCCUCAGAAAGGGAACAAAUUAUACUGUUCUCUUAUGGAGAACAAGCAUUUUCCCUGUCAAUAGAAGAUGCUCCAGCCCCAUAAAAAUAUAAGACGUUUCUUUCAAUAUUUCCUCACAGAACAGAAAACUAAUACUAAUGUUAUUUUAUCGAUUCA